ACGGCGGCGGGGGACGAAGCCCGGGCCCCGCGCAGCGAUCUUGGGUCCCGCCGCGGCCGCAGCGCAGGCGGGAGGCGGCCCGAGCGCUUUCCACAGCGUGCGUCGGUCCGCGCGCGGCCCCGAUGCUGGACAUGAGUGAGUCCCGCGCCCAGCCGCCCUGCAGCCCAUCCGGCACCGCCAGCUCCAUGUCGCACGUGGAGGACUCGGACUCGGAUGCGCCUCCGUCUCCCGCGGGCUCCGAGGGCCUUGGCCGCGCGGCGGGCGCGGGGAGCGGCGGCCGGGGCGAUGCAGCCGAGGCAGCGGACGAGCGCUUCCCGGCCUGCAUCCGCGACGCGGUGUCGCAGGUGCUCAAGGGCUACGACUGGAGCCUGGUACCCAUGCCCGUGCGUGGUGGCAACGGUGGAGCACUGAAGGCCAAGCCGCACGUGAAGCGGCCCAUGAACGCCUUCAUGGUGUGGGCGCAGGCGGCGCGCCGCAAGCUGGCGGACCAGUACCCGCACCUGCACAACGCCGAACUCAGCAAGACGCUGGGCAAGCUGUGGCGCUUGCUGACCGAGAGCGAGAAGCGUCCCUUUGUGGAGGAGGCCGAGCGGCUCCGGGUGCAGCACAAGAAGGACCACCCAGACUACAAGUACCAGCCACGGCGGAGGAAGAGCAUGAAGACGGGCCAGAGCGACUCUGACUCGGGGGCCGAGCUGGGCCACCACCCUGGUGGCACCAUGUACAAGGCUGAUGCGGGCCUCCAUGGUGACACACACCACCACGGUGACCACACAGGCCAGACCCACGGGCCGCCCACCCCGCCCACCACUCCCAAGACAGACCUACACCACCCUGCUGGCGGGGGCAAGCAGGAGCUGAAGCCAGAAGGGCGCCGCCUGGUGGACAGCGGCCGCCAGAACAUCGACUUCAGCAACGUGGACAUCUCAGAGCUUAGCAGCGAGGUCAUCAGCAAUAUGGACACCUUUGACGUCCAUGAGUUCGACCAGUACCUGCCCCUCAAUGGCCACUCGACCCUGCCUGCAGAGCCCAGCCAGGCUGCUGCUGCUGGCUCCUAUGUGGGUACUUCCUACUCCCACUCUGGGGCUAGUGUCGGGGUGUCCCCUGUGUGGGCUCACAAGGGAGCCCCAUCAGCCUCAGCGUCACCCACUGAGGCUGGACCCCCACGGCCACACAUCAAGACGGAGCAGCUGAGUCCAGGCCACUAUGGUGACCAGCCACAUGGCUCCCCAGGUCGCUCCGACUACAGCUCCUACAGCGCCCAGGCCAGCGUCACCAGUGCUGCCCCCGCCACAGCUGCCAGCUCCUUCGCAAGCGCGCAGUGUGACUACACCGACCUGCAGGCCUCCAACUACUACAGCCCCUAUGCCGGCUACGCACCCAGCCUCUACCAGUACCCCUACUUCCACUCCUCCCGCCGGCCCUAUGCCUCGCCGCUGCUCAACGGGCUCUCUGUGCCACCGGCCCACAGCCCCAGUGGCAACUGGGACCAGCCUGUGUACACCACCUUGACCAGGCCCUGAGGAUGCUCAUCACGGGGACUUGGCCGGGCCUCCGAUGACCAAGUCCCUUGUUCCCCUGAAAGGCCUGUGCCAGCCAGCCAGCAGCAGGCAACGUGACCACAAUCAGGUGCCUGUGGGGUCUGCGUGCAGGAAGCCAGGCACUGUCACAGGACGUCCCUUUGCCUCCACACUUCUGCCGACAGACAUGGCUUUUUCCCUUCUCGCUCUGAGCACGGAUAGCCAUUUGUCCAAUGCCCCUUCUGUGAGGACCCGUAGACAGAGCGCCUGGCUGGGCACCUUGAUGGAUGGAAUCAGCAGCCAUGGAACCAAGGAUAGGAGGGAAGGGGCCUGAGGUCUCUGGACUGUCCUACCUGGAGAGCCCCUUGGGACCACGGGAUGUGUUCCUGCGGUGACCACGUGUCCUUGACACUCAGAUAUCGCCUGGGACUGACACAGAUGGAGGCGUUCCUGGUAGUCACAGCUCUUCCCAGCAAGGUUUGGCUGUGACCAGCACUUCUCUUUUUGUGUUUAAUUUUUUUUUUCAGUGAUUUUUUAUUUUUAAAGCUUAAACGUGUUUGUUUUCAAAGCUGUUAAGGAUGUAUUUAUGUUCUGUAUUAUUUUAUCUUUAAUUAAUGAAGUGAUUUGUGCAGAGAGUAGAACUUAAGACGACAGGAAAGCCAGGAAGCUUUGCUGAGGGGGUGGGGGGGGAGGGAGGUGCAGUGCUUGGAGGCUUUGGGAGGCUGCCUGGGAGGCCCUGAGAUGCAGAGGCCCAUGAGGCCAGGGCUGAGGGAAGGAGGAAAGAGCUGCCUUGUGGGUCUGAUCAAAGUCGAUUGCCCUGGCUGGCAUCAGGUCGGCUGGGAAGGGAGGACUUGGUCCUUGCCCGUGGCUGUGCCAAAUGGUAGAAGACAGAAAUUCCCUGAAAGUGAAAGAACAAUCUUGGCUCUGAGGCCCUGGUGCCACCUACCAAGCUGUGAAACUAAACCUCCACUAAAUGUCUCUGGGCUCCUAGUUGUAGAGACUGGUACUGAUUCACCACCCUGCUUCUGCUGUGUGCCGAGCAUAUAACCGUCUACUUCAUGGAAACUUGUGCCUUUGAAACUUUGUAAAGUCGAAUACACCCGAGAAGUUGCUUCUUUUUACUUUUUCUACUUUUCCUACCUUUUUCUAGAAAAAAAAAUAAAAUGUGGGUUUUUUUUUUUUUUUUUUUGCAUAUCUCUUUCUGGGGGUGGGAACCGCAGCAAACUCAUUUUUAUGCCAUCUAUUUUUCAGUGUCAAGUUUGGAAAGACUUUUGCUGUCACUUGCCUGCUGCGUUCUGCUACUUUCUGACCAAGUUAUGCUAACUUUUGUACAGAUCGAUUUCAUAAAAUUAAAAAAAAAAUGCUU